UUUCCUCUCCAGAAAGUCCGCGUCCGAUGCGCAGGCACCGUCGAAAAGCGAAUGCCUUUCAGUUACGCCACGAUGUCGUAAACGCGCCGUGUGUGCAUUGAUAAGCGACAAAUAAGAUAAUUGGCCAAUAGGCGGAAGGUUGGGUGGUGCGGCGAAAUAAAAAAUGCAUCGCGAGCGCGAGGAGAUAGCGGCGUAACGCCCGGGCGCAGUGCACUUUCACCAGCCGUCGGAAGCGAUAUCGAUAUCAACGGUGAUCGACCGCUCUGUGAGACACAAUACAAAAUCACGUACACACUCAGCAGCAUGAGCGACGACGAGUGCAACGCGUACGUGUUCUUCGACAUUCAGAUUGGAGACGAAAAAGCUGGUCGAAUAAUAAUCGAACUGUAUAAAAACACCGUCCCGAAAACCGUGGAGAACUUCCGGCAGUUUUGCACCGGUGAAGCCGGCACAGACAAAAAUGACAUCCCUCUGACUUACAAAGGCACAAAAUUCCACCGAGUGUUUUCGCAAUUCAUGAUCCAAGGAGGAAAUGUAGUUCCAAAGUCAAAAUCGAGAAUUGAAGGUGUCAGCAUCUACGGCGGCGCAUUCGAAGAUGAAAACUUCAAAAUUACACAUGACCAACCAGGAAGAGUGGGGAUGGCGAAUAAUGGUCCCAACACAAACUACUCCCACUCUACAUCACUGAUUGCCGAAUGUCCACAUCUAGACACCCGCAACGUAGUAUUUGGACAAGUAAUCAAAGGCCUUGGAGUAGUGCGUGAAAUCGCCGAAGUAUCACGUGACGAUGACGGCAACCCACUUCUCCCAUGCACGAUCCUCGCAUGCGGAGAAAUCACCGACGGUGUCUUUGGAAUCGAAGAAAACGACUGCACCAGCGACCAUUACCCACCCUACCCAGAAGACUGCACAUUUCCCACCUCAAACCUCGAAGGCGUAGUUUACGACAUCAAAGAAUCCGGUAACUAUUUCUUCAACAAGCAGGAUUACACAGAAUCCGGCCGGAAGUACCGCAAAGUCAUCCGGUACAUCGACUACGUAAUUGCGCACUGCCCGAAUCACGAGCGCAAUGUUCUCUAUAAAAUGAAAACACAUUCACUGUCAAAUUUAGCAGCAGUAAUGCUCAAAAAAGGUGAAUACGCUGAAGUAGUGCGGAUAUGCAGCGAGAUACUCGAGUAUAACGAAAACAACGCAAAGGCAGCGUAUAGACGUGGUGUGACGCAUCUUAAACUCAAAGAAUAUGACUUUGCUAUCAAAGAUUUCGAGAAGGCGUUGACGCUGACACCGAACGAGAACCGAAUCGAACAAUUGUGCGCGACUGCGCGCAAACACCGCUUGAAAUACAUCCAACACGAGCGCGACAUCUACAGUAAAAUGUUUCAGAAGACCAACUGA